GUCAAUUUGAACAUGGUAUUCUUUAACUUUCUUCUUAUUUUCCUCUCUCUCUGAAGUACUACAGUUGUUUUUUCGUUUGAGCUUAUAACCUACCUACCAAGCACCUAGGACCUACGCGGAGGAGAAAGAGAGAAGGAAGGAACUUUAAAGAAGGAAGAGAAAUUAAAUCCAAAUAAAAAAGGAAGAAUUGCAGGUAGGGAGCUAGGAAUCAAUAUAUAAAAUUAUAUAAUAUGGGAAGAGGGAAGGUAGUGCUGAAGAGGAUCGAGAACACGAUAAAUCGGCAAGUGACUUUUGCAAAGAGAAGGAAUGGGCUGCUGAAGAAAGCUUACGAGCUGUGCAUUCUGUGUGAUGCUGAAGUUGCCCUCAUCAUCUUCUCCAACCGUGGCAAGAUCUAUGAAUUCUGCAGCAGCUCUAGCAUGGCCAAGACAAUUGAGAAGUAUCAAAGAUGUUCUUACGGUGCAAUGGAAGGCAGCCAAAAUUCGAAACAGACACAGCAGAGCAGCUAUGAAGAAUAUGUGAGGCUGAAGACAAAAGUUGAGGUUCUGCAACAAUAUCAAAGAAAUCUUCUUGGGGAGGAUUUGGGGCAUUUUAGCACAAAGGAGCUUGAACAACUUGAGAAUCAGGUGGAUGAGUCAUUAAAGCAAAUCAGGUCAACAAAGACCCAAUUUAUGCUUGAUCAACUUUCUGAACUUCAAAGGAAGGAACAGAUCUUGCUGGAAACGAAUGAAACCUUAACGAGUAAGACCCAAUUUAUGCUUGAUCAACUUUCUGAACUUCGAAGGAAGGAACAGAUCAUGCUGGAAACUAAUGAAGCCUUAAGGAGUAAGUUGAGUGAGGGUGCACCCUCUCUAUCAUCAUGGGAAGUUGAGCCAUGCAAUGUCCCAUACAGUCGCCAGCCGCCUCAGUCUGAGGGAUUUUUCGUUCCUUUAGAAUGCAAUAGUACACUGCAGAUGGGUUGCAAUCCUGUGGCGCUCAACGAGAUGAAUGUUGCAGCCUCCGCACAAACUGGUAACGGAUUGUUCCCUGGAUGGAUGCUUUGAUAUAUAUAUAUAUUUGGAAGCUUUAAAUUGCAUGAAGAGAAGCUAAGUGUGCAUGCUUUCGUAAUAAGUUGAUGUUGCGUUCUAUAUUUGACAUCAUUUACCUAUCAAAAAGCUUAAUAAUGAGAUGCUUAGUGGUGUAAAUAUGAAUUUUAAGCCUAGUGCAGCACAAAAUAUGACUUGUAAUAAACCAAUUCUAUGUCUUGGUUCUUACUGUGUUCUGAAUUUUAAUUGAGAAUGCUGAGGAAGAAUAGUCCCUCCUAAGUCUUGAAAUGUUAUGUUGGUAGAGGAGAGUGUUGAACUAGGUAUAUAAAUGUAAUAUAGAAGUUAUGUAUAAGUCAAAUCACGAGAUUGAUAUUGUGUAACUGUCUGGAUCAUUAAAAAUGUAUGGAGACUCAUAUCAUAAGGAAUUAAACCAGUGCUUGCAUUCCA